UUCUGCCGCACGUCUAUUAUGCCGGCUUUGAAUCGGAAUCUGCCACUUCGUGCGGAAGGGGGAACCUUUUUCUAGAGGGACGAACAAUCCGUCUCUUUUUAUCCACUUCUUGUGGCAAGAACUACAUAGAGGACUUAGUAGACUACUUUAAACGUGACGUGUAAGUCUCCAGGUCUCAGUUCCUUUAGCAUCUCCGAAGUUUCUCCUUCCUUGGUGGACUUGGGAUCCAAGCCCACAAGUCAUCUUGGCCGGCCUGGCAGAAGCCUUUGGAUUGCAAGCACCAUGGUAACAGAGAAGGAGGUAGAGGCCAUUGGGCAGACCCUCGUGGAUCCUAAGCAGCCUCUGCAAGCUCGUUUCCGGGCCCUGUUCACCCUUCGGGGGCUGGGUGGGCCUGGGGCCAUCUCGUGGAUCAGCCAAGCCUUCGGGGAUGAGUCAGCCCUGCUGAAGCAUGAGUUGGCCUACUGCCUGGGCCAAAUGCAGGAUGUCAGAGCCAUCCCUGUCUUAGUAGAGGUUCUGAAGGAUACAAGCCAGGAGCCCAUGGUCCGGCAUGAGGCAGGAGAGGCUCUGGGAGCCAUUGGCAACCCAGAAGUGUUGGAACUCCUGAAGGAAUACUCCAAGGAUCCUGUCAUUGAGGUGGCAGAGACCUGCCAGUUGGCAGUGCGACGGCUAGAGUGGCUCCAGCAGAAUGGAGGGGAGCCCACGGGAAACCCCUAUUUGUCUGUGGACCCAGCCCCACCAGCCGAGGAGAAGGAUGUGGGGCGACUUCGGGCCGUGCUGCUGGAUGAAUCGCGUCCCCUUUUCGACCGCUAUCGGGCUAUGUUUGCUCUGCGAAAUGCUGGGGGCAAGGAGGCCGCGCUGGCUCUUGCAGACGGUCUGGGCUGUGGCAGUGCUCUGUUCCGCCAUGAAGUGGGCUACGUCCUGGGCCAGCUGCAGCACGAGGCCUGCAUCCCCCAGCUUACAGCCGCCCUGGCCAGCCGGGCCGAAAACCCCAUGGUACGGCACGAGUGUGCCGAAGCCCUGGGCUCCAUUGCCCGCCCUGACUGCCUGGCAGCACUGCGGGCCCACGCGGCUGACACAGAGCGCGUGGUGCGGGAGAGCUGCGAGGUGGCCCUGGACAUGUACGCCUAUGAGAAUGGGCCCGAGUUUCAGUACGCCAACAGCCUGAGCCAGCUGCGCCAGCCCUCGCCUGUGCUGGAUGGGCUCUCCUGACUCUGUAAAGCUCCUGCUGCUGUGGCACCUGCCCCCAUUCCUGCCUGGGCCUCAUCUUUCUGCUCCUCAACCUCCUUGGUCCUCUCACAGGACUGGGGAUGGGAAGUGACCUGGGUGGGAGGUUAGGAACAACUGGGAUCUUCUGGGAAGGGGGUUGCAGAACCCACUAGGAGCAGGGCCAGUUUUAUGGAUCAUUUCUCAUUUGUGGGCAGGAGACCAGUCUGCCUCAGGAUUCAUCUCUAUUGGGUUUUGGGGAGCAGUUUGGGAUCUUUUUUGGGGGCAGAAGAGAACCAUUGGAAUGGGAUCACCGUCUCACUAGGUGUUGGAAUCUAUAUUGAAUUAGGAGAAGAUUGGGGUCUUUGGGGUUCUCUGUGGGGAGAAUCUAAUGGUAAUGUGGGAUUUAGGUUUACUGGGAAAUUGCAGUUAUCAAUAAAACUAGGUUUAUUGGGGUCCCUUUGGAGAAGAUCUGGAAAAGAAUUUAGAUUGGUUGGGGGAAAAGGUGCAUAGCUUCUUUAUAGUUGGGAUUUUCUGGAGGAAGCUCUUUCUGAGUUGCUGCUCUCCACCUGACCAUAUAUCCUAGACCAUCUGGAGAACUUGGAGAGGGAAACCCACCCAUAUAUCUUCUCUUUCCUAUCAUCUACUACCUGUCUGGAAGGGAAAAGCAUGGAUAGUACCUUCCCAGUUACAUACUUGGAUCACAAAGUGGGCAGGUUCUUAAGUGCAUUCUUCCCAGGGAGAUGGGAGCUGGGGUAGAGCAAGAGGUCAGGCUAUCUGAACUGAAUAUUAAAUUAUUUGUCUGAGAAAA